GACGGCCGGGGUUGGCUCCGCUCAUCGGUCCUUCCUGCCAGACCUGGUUCGUCGACAAAAGGUCCUGAGACAGAUGCAGAGUCGCAAAGAUCGUCAUCUCGUUGUCGAUAAACGUCGCCGAAAGGUCAGAGACAUUGAAUUUCAAGCUGCUGGGUUGCAUUGAUGGAGUUGUGCUGUCAAUCGACGACGUGUACGCUUGAGCGCCGCUGCUGUUCACAAAGGCCACAAGAGCCUGCGACCCCGCCAUCUGCUGACCAUUCGGAUUAAUCGCCCAGGCUGUCCAUUUUGACGAGGAGGUGCCGGUGUGGCGGAAGGCGAUGCUGACGGUGCCGGCGGUUUGGUUGUAAGUCCAGUGGAGGAAACAACUCAAGGCUGGGAGAUCUUGGCACUGGGCGAACAGGCGAUUUUCGGAGAAACUGUAGCUCUGGCAGGUCUGAUUCUGAGCAAAGGAGGAAAUGCAGAGGGAAAACAGAAAACAAGAAAACAGAGCAACUCUCAGAGCUCUCUCCAUGGCGGUUCUUUCAAUUUUUGAAUCCGACCCAGUACCUCAGAGGAAUAAACUAGUUUCGGGUUCGAUGGCGGAUAAUUCUGAAGCUUAUUCUCUGAGGUGAAAGUGAAAUCUGCAAAUGGAGGGAAUUGAGGAUUUUGGAGCCUCUAAAGUGGGUAAUUUAUAGAAUGUAUCAAGAAGGUGGGGGGAAAGUCGGGUUCUUCUUAAGACUGUCAGGAAGGGAUGGGGUCUUAAAUUGACUCGUUCUGCAAUGAAAUCGUCAUGCAAUG